AUGUCCAAUUCAAUUGAAGCUCUGUAUCAAAUUCACAGUGAUGAAAUAUUCUGGGUCAACAUUCAACCAUUUCUUCUGCAACGAGGGUACCGUCUCCGCCCAAGAUAUGAUCCAAAUUGGACACCGUCGUGGCUGCAGGGCAAGUCAGGGAAAAAGCACCCUUCUCCUAUCGUGUUCGAAGACAGUAGAAGUGACAUUGUGCUAGACGCAACCAGGCUGGAGAACGGUCAGAAGGUCGUUCUCAAAAAAGUGGAAACAAAUUCGCAGGAGAUUCCAUUUGCCGUGACUUUCUCUUCCAAAGAAUGGAAAAAGGAUGUUAGAAAUUGCUGUGUUCCGAUAUUGGACGUCAUCAUGAUUCCAUGCGACGAUGACCACGCUCUUUUGGUUAUGCCCCAGCUUUUAGGCUUCCACCAUCUCCCUUUCAGGUUUCUUGGAGAAUUCUGCGAGUUUACUCUUCAAAUUCUACAGGGACUCGAGUUUUUGCAUGAGUAUAAUAUCGUGCAUAGGGAUAUUUGCUGGGGCAAUAUACUGAUGGACACGUCCAAACUCAUUCCGAAAGGUAACCAUUUCGUACGAUGGAACUCUCACUCAGGGAAACUGUUCGAAAAGUUUGAGUGGAAGACGCGAUGGUCCGUAAUGCCUAUUCAGUACUACAUCAUCGAUUUUGGAAUUUCUUUGCAAUGCUUAUCCAAAGACGCUCGAGGACUUGGACAAUGGGGUCAAGACCGAACGGUACCAGAAAUGCUGAAGAACGAAUGGUGUAAUCUUUUUAUGGUUGACAUAUAUCAGCUGGGAAAUAGAUACCAAGGCCUCAAUGCCUUCGUUGAACUAGCCGAUGCUAUGACGAGGGAGUAUCCAAAAGAACGGCCAACUGCCACAGAAUCUGUUCGCAUGUGCAAAAAGAUUAUUGCUGAUAUAACGGAAGCGGGAAAAAUGGCCAAACGUGUAUGGCGACUGGAUCAGCCAUUGGAUGGCAGAAAAACCUCCGCCCUGAUGCUUAGCACCCUUGAUCGAAUUAAAGUUAGAUGUGGAUGGAAUCCUCGACUUUGA